ACUUGGCCUUUCCCCCAUCCCCAGGAACUUCAUCCCCUGGAAUCCCAAAAGCCCGUCUCUGUAUAUACACCUGCCUAUUGGAUCCAGGGACCGUUGUCGUGUCACGGACGUUGAUAUAUUUGGGAACUCUGAAUUAGCGCCGUCUUGUCAAAAUGGGAGGAGGAGAUUUGAACUUGAAAAAGUCCUGGCAUCCAGGAACCCUCCGCAACCAAGAAAAAGUAUGGAAAAAAGAACGCGACGCCGAAGAAGAGCGAAAAAAGCUCGAGCAGCUUCGCAAAGAGAAAAAUGAAGAACGCCAAUUGAUGGAGCUGCAAGCUCUCAACGAAGCCACGGGAAAACGCAAACAUGCCGAACGACUAGACUGGAUGUACUCCGCGGGCCCGAGCGGGAACCAGGCCCUCGUCGAUGAGGAGCGCGAGGCCUACCUGUUGGGCAAGAAGCGCGUGGAUAAGAUGGUGGAGCAGGGGCAGACGGUUAAGGAGAUGGAGGCCUCGGCGGCGUUUGCGGCGGUGAACAAGUAUGGGCUUGUCGCGAAUAACGUGCGCGAUACGCAGAAUAAGAUUAGGGAGGAUCCGAUGUUGGCUAUCAAGAAGAGGGAGCACGCGUCGUUGCAGGCAGUGUUGAAUAAUCCGGUGGAGCUGAAGAGGUUACGGCAGGAGAAGGGUGGGAAGAAGGAGAAGAAGGAGAAGAAAGAGAAGAAAGAGAAGAAAGAGAAAAAGAUUAAGCGAGAAGAGAGGCGAGAUAGUGCGGUACAUGAGGAGUCUGACGAUCGGGAUAGAUCGCGACGACGGAGCGCACAUGGGCAAGAUCAUGAUUUCCCGCCUCGUCGCAGUCGUAGUCGCAGCCGCAGCGUAGAUUGGGAUGGCAGGCGACAGAACAUUGACAGGGACGAACGAAACAGAUACCCGAAGUCCAGAGCAGCACAUACGCAGCAAAGCCGGUCCCCACGUCGCCGGUCACCGGAUAAUGGAUACCACAAUCGCGAUGCACCCAUCUCAUAUUCGUCCCGUGGGUCCGGAAAACGAUUACGGUCACCGUCAACAAGUCCGUCGGUGUCACCACCUCGUCGACAUCGACGAAUCGAUGAUAGCGUUUCUCCUCCUCGGAGGAGACGGACGUCAUCUAGGGAUUCGGCUUCGCCGCCUGUGAAACGGGAAAGGUCACCGUAUGAUGGUCGUAAGAAAAACAGUUACCGACGAGAUUCUCGAGACAGGAGAGAUUGGAGGGAUGAUAGGAAUGGCGUGGGAGAUAGGGGAAGGCCGGCACCGCGUCGGGUUGACUCGAGAGAUCGGUCGUUGGGAAGACGGUCGCGGUCGCCCCCAACCCGGCAUUAUGGAAACGGUCGGGCAAGACAGGGUUCCUACGAGUUCCCGAAACGAAGUACAUCACCAUCACGCUCAGAAAAACCGACAAUCUCAGCGACACCCAUCAAAAAGGAAGCCACCACUACAGCACCCAUCAGGCACGAACCCCCGAAAACCACCCCAGUCAACGCCGACCCCGACCGCGCCGCCCGCCUCGCCGAAAUGCAACGGGACGCCGAAUCCUGGGACCUCGCCCGCACACAACGCGUCGAAUCCGACCGUCAAGCGCAAAAGGAGGAGGAUGAGCGGGAUAUGAAGGCUAGAUUGGCGAGAUUAAACAGGGGUGAUGGUGAUAAGGAGACGUUUAUGAUGGAUUUGCAGCGGCAGGCGUUUUUGGGUGGGGGUGCGAGUGCGGCGGAUCGGAUUACGAGGAACAAGGCGUUGGUGCAGCGGAGAGGGGAGGGAUUUUUGGAGGGGUGAAUUGUGAGGGGUAGCACCGGUGGUCUCUGGAAACUUACUGCAUCAUACUCGCUGGCGGCACUGAGGUUGGUGUUUUGUAAAGUGUUUGAGGAACACACCUGCAGCCCUGAGCACAUCUCUCUCUGUCUUCACCUUGUCUCUAUAUCUACUUCAUACACCGUUCUCGCUAGGCGAAUCCAUACGACAUUGACAUUGAUUGUGGCCAAAUAUACCUCCUGUUCCUGGAAGACCAUGGAAGCCAUGUGCGUGCGCAUGGCCGUUGAACGGGUUUGAGGUCCGCCUUGGGUCAGUGUGGAUUUAUACAAGCAAGG